GCGGCCUUGGGGCCCGGAGACUGACAUCGGAGCCGCCUCGGCGCAGAUCGCGCGCGGUGCGCUAUCUCUUCGGGCGCGUUGGCUGAGCGGGGUCCUGCCCGGGAGGAGUCAGCGGCCAGUGCACCAGAGCGAUGAGGAAACUGAAGCACAGAAAAGUCGUAUAACUUGCCCAGGUCAUAUACCAAGAGAUGGAGAAGAGUUAAACCCAGCUCAUCAUUACCAAGCGCCUAAGCUCUGCACCACUUCCUGGUACUGCGUCUCCAGCCAGAGCAGUGCCUCACCCUCUGUAGAGCAAUUGAUAAUCACGUUACUAUGAGUCUGCUAAACUGUGAAAACAGUUGUGGAUCCAGCCAGUCCGAAAGUGACUGCUGUGCUGCCAUGACCAGCUCCUGCAGUGCGGCCGCAAAAGAUGACAGUGUGAGCGGGACUGCCAGCACAGGGAACCUCUCCAGCUCUUUUAUGGAAGAGAUCCAGGGAUAUGAUGUGGAGUUUGACCCACCUCUGGAAAGCAAGUAUGAAUGCCCCAUUUGCUUGAUGGCGCUGCGGGAAGCCGUGCAGACACCAUGCGGCCAUCGCUUCUGCAAAGCCUGCAUCAUCAAAUCAAUCAGAGAUGCAGGUCACAAAUGUCCAGUUGAUAAUGAAGUACUGCUGGAAAAGCAACUCUUUCCUGACAACUUUGCAAAACGAGAGAUUCUUUCUCUGAUGGUGAAAUGUCCAAACGAAGGUUGUUUGCAUAAGAUGGAACUGAGGCACCUUGAGGAUCAUCAAGAACAUUGUGAAUUUGCUCUUAUGACUUGUAAUGAUUGCCAGCGGCCCUUCCCGAAAUACCAAUACCGUGUUCAUUUUCUCAAGGAGUGUCCAAGGAGACAGGUUUCUUGCAUAAAUUGUGCUAUGGCAAUGGCAUUUGAAGAUAAAAAGCUCCAUGAUGAGAACUGCCCUUUGGCAAAUGUCAUCUGUGAAUACUGCAAUACCAUGCUCAUCAGAGAACAGAUGCCUAAUCAUUUUGACUUAGAUUGUCCUACUGCCCCGAUUCCAUGCACAUUCAGUAUUUUUGGUUGCCAUGAAAAGAUGCAGAGGAAUCACUUGGCACGCCACCUCCAGGAGCAUACCCAGUCGCACAUGAGAAUGAUGGCCCAAGCUGUUCAGAAUUUAAGCCUUAAUAUAGCUCCCGUGCAUCAACGUGAAAUGCUUCCAUAUGAUUCUUCCUCGGCAUCCCGGGUACCCUCUGUGUGUCACGCAGAGGUCCAGAAUUUCCAAGAAACCAUUCAGCAGCUAGAGGGUCGCCUUGUAAGACAAGACCAUCAAAUCCGAGAGCUCAUUGCUAAAAUGGAAACUCAGAGCAUGUAUGUCAGUGAGCUCAAAAGAACUAUUCGAACCCUUGAGGACAAAGUUGCUGAAAUAGAAGCACAGCAGUGCAAUGGGAUUUACAUCUGGAAGAUUGGCAACUUUGGGAUGUACUUGAAAUCUCAAGAAGAGGAGAAGCCUGUUGUCAUUCAUAGCCCUGGAUUCUACACAGGCAAGCCUGGGUACAAACUGUGCAUGCGCCUGCACCUUCAGUUACCCACUGCCCAGCGAUGUGCCAACUAUAUAUCUCUCUUUGUCCACACCAUGCAGGGGGAAUAUGACAGCCACCUUCCAUGGCCCUUCCAGGGCACAAUACGCCUUACAAUUCUUGAUCAGUCAGAAACUCCUGUAAGGCAAAAUCACGAAGAGAUAAUGGAUGCCAAACCAGAGCUGCUUGCCUUCCAGAGACCCACUAUCACACGGAACCCGAAAGGUUUCGGCUAUGUGACUUUUAUGCACCUGGAGGCCCUGAGACAGAGAACCUUCAUUAAGGAUGAUACGUUACUAGUGCGAUGUGAGGUCUCUACCCGCUUCGACAUGGGUAGUCUUCGGAGGGAGGGUUUUCAGCCGCGAAGUACUGAUGGGGGCGGGAUAUAGCAUCCCUUCACUUGUUUGAAAAGCCCGCAGCAAAAUCCCUCUGGAACAAACAGUACCUCCCCUGCCUUGUUCUCAGUAAUAAUAAUGCAAACAGAAAAAGCAGUGGGAAGGACGUAACUCCUACCAAUGAAUGUCAGGUAGCUUACCACUUCUUGUUUUAAAUAUCUGAGGCAGUUUUUUCCUUGGGACUCUACAUGCUCCAUACUUUUUCCAAAAUUGCCCCCCACCGAAGUGCCUGUGGCAUACUGCAGCAGCUGUCGGUCAGUCAGUUCACCUCUUCAGCAGACUUUCCCCAGCUUUUGGCUCCAGUGUGUGUCAUUGUGGAAAAAGCCAGGGUAGGAGUAGUAAAAAGUCCAUUUCAUAGUAAUGGACAUUCUUAAAACUUCAUCUUAUUUUUAUAAUAGAUAUAAUAUAUGAAACAUGAGAAUCACUACUGCCUCGUGCUGGUGCCAGUGAGAAGAGUUAUUACUCUAGAGUUGAGUUCUCAUUUUAUUUGACUGCCUAUAAAUUUCAGAGGAUUUGAACCUUAAUCCUUGGAAAGCUUAAGUUCUCAUUCUCCCCAGGGGUAUUACUAAGGAUAUUCAGGGACUGGGUAAAGCCCUAAAUAUAAUUUACCUAUUUAGUGUGAUCAUGUCUGUCUUGUUUAAGUAUUUUAUUGAGCCAGUGUCCUUCCUUGAGGCUACAAAGUAGCAUCUUCUCCAGGAUUUAGAAUGCUGAGAACUGUGUGGCUACCAACAGCUCAGUGUUAUAAAUCCCCUCUUGUCUAUCCAGUGGAAAGAGUUCCACAGCCCUGCACCUGUUCUUUGCUGCUGAAUGCUUCUGGGAGGAGCAGAGCACACAUCAGCAACAUGAAAAUUAAAAAUGACUCCACUAGGCAACCAAGGUGGCAUCUCUUUAGUGGUGAUAAAAGCUGUGUGAGCCAAACAUUUUUAACUCUCUCAAACAUGCUCUAGUUCAAAUAAAUUGAGCAAAAAUCAAUAUCCUUAAAGCACAAUUUCUUAAUACUCAGAAAUGUUCUUAAUAUUUGGUAAAUAUCUCAGAGGUCACCAAACACGUUGGAAGACAUAGCAGUGUGAAGACUCAGCUUCACUUGAUUGCUUUACUUCAACAGAACCUAGCAGGUUCUGAGGAAAGGCCUGUGGAAUGUAUUGAAAUGACUGUGUACUCCUCAAAAGGAGAGAGAACUUUUGUACCUUUUGCUAUUUGGUAAUCUUAGAGAUGUUAAACAGUGUGGUAAAGUCUAGUUCUCAGGGAGUCCUGCAACUGCAUAGGCUCAUUAUAGGCAUCCAGGAGAACCGGUACACUGUGCUGUUUAGCAAGACUGUGAGUUGUCUGCUCACCAGAGAUAUUUAUCCACAGAGGGGCCAAAUUGAAGAUCCUGACAAAUGAUCAAGACCAGCCUUCAUUUCAAGAGGAAGCCAGAAGGAUGGUUUCAGUUCCAGGCAGAGCCAGCAAUGUCAUUUUGACUUUUCUCUCCCUCCCUCGACCACAUUUAGACUCAUCCUCUGGUGGGCUUGUUUUGAAGUGAAAACAAAGAUCAUGCAGAGAUCCUGUUCCCCAGUGCCACCAGCAGCACCAUGUGCUGGCCCUAGUUCCGCCUUGGCUUCCUGGCAGUCUGGGCCAUGGCUACUAGGCUCCCCGGCUGGCCCCAGCAUCACCGCAGCACCACCCACUAGGUGGGGGACCUGCCCCCCCCAUUCUUGUGAUUGUUUAACAAUAAAAUUAUUGUCAGUUCCAAUUAAAAAGUAAAGGGUAG